UUUUUUCUUUCUCUCUCUAAAAAAAAUGUUGUCUCCGUUAAUAACGGCGUUAGUUUGCAUGUUCUUCUUCUUCUUCUUAAUCUCCUCCGCCGUUUUCUUGGGUCUGUCAAUCUUCAGACUGAAGCCGUACUGCAGCUGCGACACGUGUCAGAGUUUCCUCACUUCAAGCUGGUCGUUAAGGUACAACAAUCUCUGCGACUGGUACACCCAUCUCCUCUCACAAUCCCCUACAGGUACAAUCCACGUCCACGUGCUCAACAACAUAAUUACAUCGAACCCGAAAAACGUGGAGCACGUGCUGAAAACGCGCUUCGACAACUACCCGAAGGGGAAACCGUUCUCCACCCUCCUCGGCGAUCUACUCGGCCGGGGAAUCUUCAACGUCGACGGCGAUUUAUGGAAGCUUCAACGGAAAAUGGCAAUCCUCGAGCUCGGCAGCAUCUCCAUCAGAUCCUACGCCUUCGGCAUCGUCUCGUCGGAGAUCGAGUCCAGGCUUACGCCGCUGCUGACGUCAUUUUCCGGCACCGACACCGCCGUCGAUUUGCAGGAUAUUUUCCGGCGAUUCUCGUUCGACAGUAUAUGCAGAUUCUCGUUCGGAAUGGAUCCGGGUUGUUUGAACCUAUCCUUACCCGUUUCCGAAUUCGCUUACGCUUUCGAUUUAGCUUCGAAACUCUCGGCGGAGAGGGCUAUCACCACGCCGCCGCUUGUGUGGAAGCUGAAAAGAUUCUUCAACGUCGGAUCGGAGAAGCAGCUGAGAGAAGCCAUUAAAUCCAUCCACGAGCUCGCCGACGGCGUGAUCAGACAUAAGAGAAACCAGGUUAUUGCCGCCACCGCCGCCACCGCCGCCGCCGCCGACGACAACUUUUCACAUGAAGAUCUUCUGUCAAGAUUCAUGGGGACGAUAAACGACGACGUUUUUCUCCGGGACAUAGUGAUCAGCUUUCUCCUCGCCGGCCGGGACACGGUGGCGUCGUCGCUAACCGGUUUCUUCCUGCUACUGGCGGAGAACCCGGGAGCAGUCGAAUCGAUCCGGGAAGAAUCGGACCGGGUCAUGGGUCGAGAAAACAAAGAACCGGUGACUUUUUCUCAGCUACGUGAAAUGCAGUACCUGCAGGCGGCGGUGCACGAGAGCAUGCGGCUCCUGCCGCCGGUGCAGUUCGACUCGAAAUUCUGCGACGAAGACGAUUAUCUCGCCGACGGAACAUUCGUCGCUAAAGGGACGAGGGUUACGUACCACCCGUACGCGAUGGGGAGGAUGGAGAAAAUAUGGGGCGGCGAUUGUCUCGAAUUCAAGCCGGAGAGAUGGCUUAAUGAGAACGGGCUUUUUAAGCAGGAGAACCCGUUUAAGUAUCCGGUUUUUCAGGCGGGUCCUCGGGUUUGUUUGGGUAUGGAAAUGGCGGUCGUUGAGAUGAAGACUGUUGCUUUGUCUUUGAUCCGGCGGUUUGAUUUCCGGGUCGCUGAUCCGGGUCGGGCUCCUAAGUUUGUGCCCGGUUUGACCGCCACUGUUCGAGGUGGUUUGCCGGUUUUUAUCCGAGAUAGAAAAUGUUGAUUAAUUUACAUGUAUUUUAAGCACAAAUUACUUUUAAUUUGUAAGUGAAUAUUUAAGAUAGUUUUGGUCCAAUUGAAAAAAUGUGAGUAUUAUUAUUUUUAAUAUUGAAUAUA